AUGUCUGGCAUCCAUCAGGUCGAGCAGUAUGGUCCACAAGAGCGCGUGCUCCACCGGGAGCUUGCUGAGUAUGGUCGACGCCGUGCUAUGGAUGGUCCGUAUGCGGACAACCUUGACAUCGAUGUCUUGAUCGUCGGAGCUGGGUUUGGUGGUGUCUACCUCCUCCACGAGAUGCGUAAGGCUGGUUACAAGACUGUCUUGUACGAGGCAGGCACGAGCUUCGGUGGAACUUGGAGAUGGAACAUCUACCCUGGAGCACGUGUCGACUCUGAAGUACCCAUCUACGAGCUCAGCAUACCAGAAGUGUGGAAGGAUUGGACGUGGUCUACCAAUUAUCCAAAUUAUCAAGAGUUGCAAGCAUACUUUGACCAUGCAGACAAAGUCCUCGAGCUGAGCAAGGACUGUGCCUUCGAGACUUGUGUGACUGGGGCCGAGUUCGAUGAGAAGGAGGGCAAGUGGACAGUCAAGACGGUGGAUGGACGAACUGCCAAGGCCAGGUUCAUGAUUGUGGCAGCUGGAUUUGCGGCCAAGCGUUACAUUCCCGACUUCCCUGGGCUUGACAAGUUCAAAGGCACGAUGUAUCACAGCUCUUUCUGGCCUCCUGAGGGCGUCGAUGUCCGUGGCAAGCGAUGUGCUGUGAUUGGGACAGGAGCAUCUGGUGUGCAGAUCGCUCAAGAAUGGGGACCAAUCGCUGGCUCCCUGCAUGUCUUCCAGCGAACACCCAACCUUGCAGUCCCCAUGGGCAAACGUGACCUCAGCGUCGAAGAGCAGAACAAGUUGAAGCCCUUCUAUCCAGAGCUCUUCGCCUACCGCGAGCGUUGCUUCGGCGGCUUCUGCUUCGACCUGGACGAGAGGUACACCUUCGAUGUUCCAAAGGACGAGCGUGAGAGGUUCUACCAGAUGCUCUGGGAGCAUGGUGGCUUCGCCUUCUGGCUUGGAAACUUCGCAGAUUACCUGUACGACAACAAGUCGAACAGGGAGGCAUACAACUUCUGGGCGAAGAAGCAGCGGGCCAGAAUCCACGAUCCUCGCAAGCGUGACUUGCUGGCUCCGCUUGAGCCUCCUCAUCCUUUCGGCGUCAAGAGGCCAUGUCUUGAGCAGAACUACUAUGAGCAGUUCAACCGUCCGAAUGUUGAUGUCGUGGAUAUCUCGUUGAAGUCGGGCAAUAGCAUUGCGGAGUUCAACGAGAAGGGCAUCAAGACGACCGAUGGCAAGCAAUACGACUUCGAUGUCAUUGCCAUUGCAACUGGCUUUGAUAUCACCACCGGCGGUAUGACCAAUAUGGGCUUGAAGAGCGUCAAGGGCACGUAUCUGAAGGACGAGUGGAAGAGGGCUGCGUAUACUUACCUUGGCACGACGGUCUCCGGCUAUCCGAACAUGUUCCACUUGUACGGACCUCACGGACCGACGUUGCUCUCCAACGGACCGACGAGUGUUGAGGUCCAAGGCCGCUGGAUCCGCGACGCAAUCAACAACUGCGUCAGCCAAAACAUCAAAUUCAUCGACCCGACCGAAGAAGCCAGCAAGGAGUGGAAGAAGCGCAUCAACGCUCUGAGCGACUGCUCCCUCUUCCCGACCACCAAGUCGACCUACAUGGGCGGCUCUCUUCCGGGCAAGGCUUUCGAGCAGGUCAACUACGCUGGAGGGCUGGCGAACUACAAGCAGGAGAUUCGUGCCAAGUUGCCGAAGUGGGAGGGCUUCCGUGUCGUUCCUAAUGAUAAGGCGGCUGGGAAGGUGGCUCCUGUGGCGGCUUGA